ACAUAAAGUGAUUGUUUUAUGUUUGUUGCAUUUGUGCUUAAAAAUGUAAUAAAUAAAUAAAUAAAUACAUAGGCUCUUUUAGACAGCUUCAUUUGCUAUUGAGUAAUACUGAAUUGCAUCCAGCUGCGAUGUUCUGUAUUGUUUCCGCCCACUUCCUCUUCUCACACGAUGUUUUUCUUCUACUCUUCUCCUCACCAGCAGCUGUAUUCCCGCAACGGUUCUGGCUAGAGGGGAUACAGCUACCGACAAAUCUCGCAAGACGUUGGGUUUAGGGGUGUAUGAUUAGGAUAAAAACCGGUUGUGGCUACAUACAGCUACGGCCUAAUCGGUGAAACGUUGGGAUGUCAACCACACAGACAGCAUCUGUCAACACAGAUCUUCCCAAAUCACACCGCCUGUUUAGGUUUUACGACCCUGAAGUGGUUGCGGUAAUGGCAAUAUUACUUGGUUUGUUUCAAAUUCUUUUGGCUGCGCCAACUUACAGCGCCAUCACUGAUAUGAGGUUUUUGUUUAUCUGUCCCCUGUGUGGUGGUUGUGUGUGUCUGCUUGCUGGGUCAUUAAGUAUGGCAUCUGAAAGAACUCCUAGCAGACAACUGUUAAGAAAAUGUCUCUUUGCUGGUAUUGCUAGCCUGGGGAUGGCAGUGAUUGCUCUUGUUCUGUAUGCCUAUGCUGCAAGUAACAUUCCAGUCUAUUCAUCUUGCCAAGAGUACGACCUUAAUUUAUGUCCAGAAUAUGUAUUUCACAAUUUCUACAAAGCGAUCUCUGGGCAGCUAAUGUUUUAUGAUAUUGUAACUCUGGCUGUUAAUGGUUUCUUAUCAGUUUCUGCAUUCCAAGGACUGAAAACCAACUGAUAUAACAUUUUAUAUGCUUUUAUAUACAAUGCGUUUCUUUGUUUUAAAGUAAAAUAAAUUUAAUGAUAUCACUUUGAUAUUUUAAUUUGUAUUUUUGUUUUUGUUUUGUUUUGUCUAGCCUAUAUAUAACCAAGAGGCAUUACAUGUAAUAUUUUUUCCCACUAGUGACUAUUACUUCUGUAAUAAUGUAACAAUUAUAUAAACAUAAAUAAACUCACAAGUUGUUGAAAUAACAAAUUGUACAAAAUAAAUGUUUGUGGAAUAAAAUAUUAAGACAAACCCUAUUGUAACUAGUGCCAUGUCACAUAGGAACUAUUCCCGUCACAUCGGGGUUUCCCUUUCAGUCAGCUGAACAAGGGACGAUACCAUAUAAAAUCAAAGUUGGGGGGUGCCUAAUAGUGUUUCAACUAAACUAUAAUCGUGCUGUUAAAUUCUUGCAUUAUAUAUAGGUAACAUAACAAUGUUAGCUACAAUAUAAAUGUUUAUUGUAUCUUCUUGUGUUUAAACAUUAAUUGCGCAUUUAAAAAAUCAUUUUCCUCCCUAGACAUACUUGGACAAAAUUAACAUUGGACUCGUCCAAAGAUGGCCGCGAUAUAUGUCAACGAGAAGUAAAACUUUCCCUUAAGAAUAGGCAUAUACCCCGUCAAAAAAGGCUUAUUUGUGCUGUUUUGUUUAAUUUGACAUCGGUGCUGUUUUGCUAGACAUAUAUUAUUAUCUGGUUUCGAGGUGUCCUUCCGUUUGACGCUGUUUUUUUAAGAAUCAGGAACCCGCCUUACACAACUGCCUUCCUUUAAGUGUGCUAGCUGUGCGCUAACCGCGGGGAGAUUCCGCUCUCCGGCAAUAAUCUCGCGCACAUAUUCCCGGUCUGUCGCGUUAAAUAAAACGUUAAACCUCACAUUGAUACCACCGCGUGCGUGUUUCUCACAGAAAGCCGGUUUUAACGUUGAAGUCGCCAGCGAGCUGUUUGUCAGUCUCGGCGCUUCCGUAUACAUCUCCACGUCACUCGCUUCCAGUUAAGUUUGAUGUUUUUCCAUGAGCAGCGUGCGGAGAGGACUUUGAUUUGCUUGUGCCUUCUGUCCUAGCAAAUCAAUGGAGAAGCUUCAAGAUCUCACUCAGUCCGAGUUGCAGGAUUUGCUGGACAACUCUGAGCGGGUGGAGUCUAUGGCAUUGGAAUCUGAUGAGAUUCAGAAUAUUCAGCUGGAGAGGGAAAUGGCCCUGGCUGCCAACCGUAGUCUGGCAGAGCAAAACCUUGACAUGAAGCCCCGCCUUGAGACGGAGAGAUCACGGCUGGUGGAAAAAUACACUGAACUUGAGGCAGUGAGAGAGAAAUACAAACAGCACUGUGUCCUUAGAGACAGCAUAAUGGGGCAGGUGUCUCCAGAGGCGCUAUUGUCUCGUCUGCAGAUAGAGGGCGACAACACAGAGGAAGAAUCUGAGACUCUAGCAAAUGAGUUUCUGGAAGGUUCGAUAACAUUGGACUCUUUCCUGGAACGCUUUCUUUCCCUCCGUUCCCUCACUCACACGAGACGGAUACGUAUUGAAAAGCUGCAAGAAAUUCUCAGCCAAAAAAGCAAAGGGAUAAGUGAUGCUGCAAUGACAUCACAACCCUGUGCCAAUCAGGAUGCUGGAUCAUCAUCAUCAUCAUCGCCGUGGCAACAACAGCAGCCACAGCAGCAACAGAGCUCCAAAAUGAAUCCACCCUCCAAUGCCUCCAGUUCUGCUCUUCCUUACAGCCCCUACCCUGUUGUACCACCCCCCAACCACCCCCCUUCAGCCACUGCAGCAGGCCCCACCAACUCUAGCACAGCGUUUCAGCCGUACCCCAGCCAGGGUGCCCCUUACCCUGCAACAACCGGCUACCCCGGCCCCGCUCUUGGUCCCCCAGUUUGCCCAUACCCCACGCAGCCCAGCCAGUUUCCUGGGCCAUCGUUUGGGCAGUUUGGUCCCGCGCCUGCCCCGUUCCCACGUCCAUACACGUAUGGAGGGUAUGCCUACCCCACAGGCCCACAUGGGCCAUCAACCCAGUCACCAACGGGUAGACCUCUCCAUAGGCCAGGUUUCGGGGUACCACAACAAUACUCCUGAGCCACUCUACGUACGUCCCUGUCUCUUCUUUUCAUUAUUCUCCCUCUCGUCUCUCGCCCCUCUCCUCCUCUUGCGCUGCCUUUUCCGUACCCUCAGAUUUGUGGUUUGUGUACCCAUGUCACAUCCUGUUCCUGUCUGAGGCUUAUAAAGAACUCUUGAGAUUGGGUAAGCGUGUGCUUGUUCCCCCCAUGAAACCUUGAUGAAAGACUCUGUAUGGGAUUCACAGGUUUUGAUGGCUCAGUUCCUGUCCAUUUUAAAGCAUGUAUUUCAAAUCAAUCUCGAUUAUAUUUGAUGAUUAAAUGCAUUGUUUUUUGAGAAAAUUGUGUUGCAGCCGAACUUUGUUUGGCUGUGCUUCAAGAUUGACUCAACAUUGAUUCAACUCCUACUGAGAUAAACAGGUCACACACUACACCAUAGCAUUAGGCUUAUCUCUUGUCUAUGUAGACCCUUGUUACUGACAACAGUCCUGAAAGCACAGCAUCAUCUUUUCAUGUGAUCUCUUAAGCUGAGCUUGUUUAUUUAGGCAACUUUCAGGUGGGCAAAUUUGGAAUCACCAAACUUGAAUUCACCAGUUUUGUAAAACGUGGCUGGGUGCAAUAAGUCCUGUGACGAAUGCAUAGAUCACUCCAACUUCAUCCAAUACCUGUUUUGCUUAUUUCUUCGCUCCACAUAUUUUAAAUACGGCUUGGCAAUGAUCAGAAGGGAUAGAUUAUUAAGUCCUCUAGUGGACACAGUGUAAUUUGUGUUAAAGGGAACUUAAAGAGUAAGAGAUAUUAACAUAGACAUAUCUUUUAUCUGCUAUAGCACAUGGUUAUUGGGUAGGGGGGGUGCAGGUGAGGCAUAACAUAGCACAGAGCAUAUGCAAGACAAUAGGCGUGCUUCUGUUCGUAAUAUAGCAUUCAGUACCUACCAUCAAGGUACAGAAAGACUUUUAUAGUAAAACUAUGCAGAUAAACGGCUGCAUCUUUUACACGCAAUGAGGUGUAUCGUGUUUUUCAAUGAAUCAAUUGGAGAGAAUUGAAUCUUGAACCAUAAUCUACUAGUCUACAAACACUCCCAAGCUAUGAAAUGCCUUGGCCUCACCCACAUAAAGGCCUGUUUGUGUCAUUUUUAAAGGUGUUACAUAGUCUCCCCCAUGACUGAAGUGUUUACCUGCUCCUUGUUGACCAACCAGAGGACCAUGUGAAUCACACAAGCACUCCACACUAACAGCCCCUAACUUUUUGGCAACAGAAGCUGGGAGCGGGUCAGCUUUAGAAGGCUUGCGGGGUCUUUCUUUAUUUUUGUACUUUAAAGCAAUUCAAAACCAGAGGCGUCCUCAAUCAGGCCUCGGGUGGCUUUAUCUAAUUCAUGAACUCAGUAAAUAAGACUCAGGUUUGUAGCAAAACCCCCACGUUUGGUUUAGGUACCCUCCCCAGGCCCUGAAGCGAGGGAGAGUCAAAUACGACACGAGGAUGAGAAAAACAAAAGAAUUGAUUUUAUUAGCACAUUGAUUUGCAGCAUUAGAGGAAUUUAUUCUAUUGCAUUGGUUGUGACGACUGUAGCCUGUUAAAAGUGUAUUUUUAUUUUUAUUGUCCUUUUUUUCGGGUGUGAAAAUUAAAAACUGAAGUUGAUCUAC